GCGCAACCAAACCCCGUGCGAACAUGCAGCAGCGCCGAGGGGUUUUGUACCGAGGGACAGAAUAUCGAAAUAAACCUACAUAAAGGCAUGUUUGAGGCACAAGAGCAGGCGAAUGCUCAGAAGUCUCGCCAAUGCGACGCGCUCAAAGUGGAGAGGAUUCGUGUGGAGAAAGCCAUCGCGGAAUGUUCCAAACUUUUCUACAUGUGUCCUCGCAGCAACCAGGACAUGGAGCGGCGGGUUGCCAUGGUGGUGGAGUGGGGCGCAACAGGGGACGCGCUCCUCGAGUUAGAAGAGUUGACGAGUCACAUUGCAGAAUUGUCGUGUAGCCCCGACGGAAAGCGUGGUACUGGUCGGACUGUCGGUCCAGACCCUCUACAGGACGUGGAGGACUGCGCCUCGGAGAAGGUGGAGAUCCUCCGUGCUCAGGUCCUGGAGGUGAAGCGGUCGUUAGAGGAUGUACGCUCUCGUUCCCUUGCCGCUGCAACUAAACCUGAUCGCACCGACCACUAAACGAAGUCGUACAAAGCGAGCGCUAGUGACCAACGUCAGAUAGGCUUUAACAUUGUAACAUAUUAUUAACACUAAUAAACAUUUGAAUGCUCGUUAUCGUGUCAAGGCAUAUUUGUUGAUUUCACGAUGCGCAUUCUGAAACGCCGAACUGAACCAGCUCAGGCUUCCGUAGAAGCGGAAAUCAUGUCUGUGUUGAUGUCAGAGCAAGUUUCUUAGCUGAAUUACGAGGUUUUCAGAUCCUAUGUUGGUGUCUGGCGGCUGCUAGCAAACUAAAUGAACUAAACUGCUCGGACAAUGGCCACCUCCAAACAGUUCUUCUCCCUGUUUGACGGCUGUCUUCAACACAACCCUGAGGAUGGACUCAGGGAGGUGAGAAUCUUUCAGGACCAGGCGGCUGUGGUCGAGCCUACUUCAAAUGCGGUGCUCUCCGAGAAGGGGGAACGAGAGCCCCCUCUCAUGAGUGACGGGCAAGAUAAGAUGGUCUGCACAACCUGUCGCCUGCCGCUCAAUAACCGCGAGGAACAGAUGGAGCACUACAAGCUAGACUGGCAUCGCUUCAACCUAAAGCAGAGGGUGACCGGACUGGCGCCCGUCACGGUGGAGGAAUUUGAGAAAAAGACAGGGGCUGGCGACAUGUCCAGUAUCUCCGGCUCCGACUCCGACUCUGAGGAUGAGGAGGAGGAGGACGGCGACUGGCCAAGGAGGGACGUCACCGUCCCCGGUGCUGACGACGACGACGAGGAUUCGUGGGCUCAAUCCGGCCGUAAAUCCACCCAGCUGGCCUUCCAGAACUCAGAUGGGCAGUAUCUAGUCGUUCAACGCUGCAUCCUCAUGGGCAAGUCGGACGAGGGGGAAGUGGACUUGGUGGAUUGCCUGAAGGCCGUCACGGCGCAGACCGUUUGGGUCGUUCUCAUGACCGGUGGAGGUCACUUCGCUGGAGCCGUCUACAGAGGGAAAGAGGUCAUCCAGCACAAGACGUUCCACAGGUACACGGUGCGAGCCAAACGAGGAACCGCUCAAGGGGUCCGUGACGCCCGCGGCAACGCGCCAAAGUCUGCCGGCGCCGCGUUGAGACGCUACAACGAGGCGGCGUUACUCAAGGACAUCCAGGAGCUUCUGGAGAGUUGGGCUGAGCUUCUUCAAGAGGCCUCUGCUAUCUUCCUCCGGGCUCCGAGCUACAACAAGACCAUCUUCUGCGGAAAGGACGCCCCCCUGGACAAAAAGGACCCCAGGAUUCGCACCAUGCCCUUUGCCACGCGGAGAGCCACCUUCCGAGAGGUGCAGAGAGUCCACCACCUGCUCUCCAGCGUUCAGAUCUUUGAGAAGGACACAGACCUCUCCCUGAUCUUCAGUCCUUCAAAGAAACAUUGGAAAAAGAAAUUGACUGAAAAAUCGAAUUCCAGUGAAGAGAAAGAAGAAGAACCUGAGAGUUCAGAUGAUGAAGAGUUGGGUGAGUCCAUUCUGGAGACGGUGGAGGUGGAGCUGGGAACGCUCCAUCUGCGAGAGUUCGAAGUCCACCCCUCCCGACACAGGAAGAAGAGGAGGAAAAAGAAGGAAGCGAACAAAAUGGACGACGAAGAACUGAACUUAAUGGAAGCCGGUGAGAAGCUGAUGGAUGAAGAGGAGGAGGAAGAGGACGAGGUGGUGCUGCAGACUGCACCUCCUGAGGACGCCUCAGAAGAAAUGCCAACGAAGAAUAAAGCAAAGAGGAAAGCAAAGAGCAAAAAGAAACCAGUGGAAGAACCCCCAGACAGCGUGGCCGAGUCCUGGGAGUACGGCCUGAGGGACGGCCUCUUCACGGCCUGUAAGACGGGGGACGUGGACGGGCUCCUCCGGCUCCUCCACCCUCCGGGUCAGCCGGGGGUGGAGGUGGGGGUGGAGGGGGGGACCUCGGAGGUGGAGAGGGGGACCUCGGAGCUUCCGUCGGCGCUGGCUCUGGUCAACAAACCGCUGGACGCGUCAGGGUUCACGCUGCUGCACGUCUCCUCCGCCGCCGGGCAGAGGGCGGUGGUGCAGGUGCUGAUGGACGCCGGGGCUGACCCAGCCUGCAGAGAUAACAAAGGGCAGACGCCCUAUCUGGUGGCCCCUGAGAAGGACACGAGGAACGUCUUUCGUAAAUACAUGGCGGACAACCCUGACAAGUACGACUACAGCAAAGCCCAGGUUCCCGGUCCGCUCACGGAAGAGAUUGAACUAAAACAGACGGAGAAGAAAAAGGCCCAAAAGGCAGCGAAGAAGCAACGAGAAAAGGAGCAGAAGGAAGAGAAGAGGAAGCUGGAGCAGGAGGUGGAGGAGAAGAAGAGGUUUGCGUCUCUCACCGAUCGGGAGAAGAGGGCCUUGGCAGCAGAGAAGAGGUUCGCGGUGCAAGCAGCAGCGACAGACGGCCACCUUUCCAAUAUUAAGAGGUGUUGGCAGUGUGGGGAGUCUGUGCUGGGAAAGGUCCCGUUCCAGUACCUGGACUUCACCUUCUGCACUCCCCGCUGUGUCCAGGCCCAUCGCAAGGCCGGCACCACAUCCGCCCCGGCCAAAACCACUACGUAGAGCUAGACGCCGUAGAACCCAUCUACCUCACUGCUGCGGUGACAGGAGAGGGAGUUUGUGACGUCGAUUACCAUUCACCCAACAUUGUCUGAAUCACUCAUAAUGAAGGGCAUGGUAACAAAAAGCAAAGAAUAAUUUAUUUUACUGUUUCAAUGAAAUGCAAAGAGCAAGCAAUAAAAAAUAUAUUUCAAAAAUA